AAAAUUAACAGCUCUGCGUCACAGUAAAUUUUAUGAGCUGAGCUUUGUUUUUUUCCCUAUUUCUACUGUCAGUGUCUCCUAUUUCUACCUAAAAACACUUGUACUGUCAGUGUCUCCUAUUUCUACCUAAAUAUCUUGAAAAGGAGGGGAUGGAAGUCGCUUAUUCAUCAGUGCCAGCAAGUCGAUGCGAAUGGUUCCGGGUGUGUUGAACUCGAAGCAAUUUUGAUUUCGAGCGGCAACGACUAAGCUGCCGACUGACGGUUCAGUCCUGCCGCGUUGGCAAAGUUCUUGCGGCCGUGAUUCGGACUGCCGCCGAUCAAGAACGGAGCUAGCAUCGCUACAAAACAGUAAGUUCACACCACGAACAGGUUAAAACUUAAAACUGAUGAGCCCCGAGACUGCUGCUUCUGGAGAUUCCCGACCAAGAAUCCUGUUCACAACGCGUUACGGCGGCGGGCGGCGGCUGUCGCGGGUAACGGCUGUCCUGAAACGUUGGUGUCGCCAUGCAAGUACGUCCGAGGACGAAACAGCUGUGAUAUGGACAGAGCUUGAAAAGGCUACACGCCGCCUGCGGAACGACGGCGUAGACUUGCUUGGCUUCAACAGUAAGUGUUUUUCGAUCACCUUUCCAAACCUCCACGGCUCCACGUCACACGCUAGAAGAGCAUCUGCAGGACUUGGACUCGUUCAAGGUCUGGAUUCUGGAGGGAAGUUGAGUGAGUCAGUAACUGAAAGCACCAAGCAGUUCAGAUGUCCAACGUCCAGGAUCCGCUGCAACAAACUGGGACAGGGUUCAUCGAGAAGUACGGGACACAUGUGGUCGUGGGGCUGAGCAUGGGCGGCCAGGACGUGGUGUACGUGAAGCAGGACAAGUCGUCGGCGCUGUCGCCGUCGGAGAUCAAGGAGCAUCUGGACAGGCUCGGCGACCAGCUCUUCACCGGUGCCUGCGCCAUGCCUCCCCUGCGCGGCAAGGCCAAAGACAAGUACAAGAUGCCAGAGGCCUUCAACGUGUUCGACGCCCAGGUAGCACAGCAGCGGCUUCAGGCAGGGAUCACCACUCUGGUAUCUUCCAAAGAGGGCGUGACCGUGAUAUACUCCAAGAGGGGAGGCAACACGACGGUGAGCAGCCACUCGGAGUGGCUCCACACCGUGCCGGCGAUGCCCGACCUGAUCAACGUCAAGGCCGUGCCCAUCACCUCCCUCAUCAAGGGCGUCGCCGGCGCCGGCUACCUCUCGCACGCCAUCAACCUCUACCUCAGAUAUAAGCCUCCUGUCGCUGACCUCAAGUACUUCCUGGAUUUCCAGCAUCACAAGAUGUGGGCGCCGGUGCUCGGCGAGCUGCCCCUCGGCCCGUGCUCCCACCGGCAGGGCUCCAGCCCGGCGCUGCAUUUCAGCCCGCUGGGUUCCAAGCUCUAUGUCAGCUCAAGCCAGGUGAUUGUUCCUAAAUUGCCUGUCACUGGGAUGCGGCUGCACCUGGAAGGCAAGAAACACAACCGGUUAGCCGUCCACCUGCAGCACCUGUCGACCACCCCGACGUUCCUCGCCGCCGCGCGCCACGACAAGCCACCGCUGGCGUGGCGAGGGUCGGAGGCGGACUCCGACGACCGCUUCUACGAGCCGGUCCAGUGGCGGAUGUUCGCACGCGUAUCCACCGCGCCGUUCAAGUACGACCCCGGGUGGCGGGGCGCCGGCGACCACCGCGGCCGGCGCGCGGCCUGGGUCGUGACGGGCGCGCGGCUCCACGUCGCGGCGCACGACGGCACCGACGUCCUGCACCUCGGCCUCCUCUACGCCGAGCUCCCCGGCUGCGCCGUCGUGCAGUCCAGGUGGGCGCGCGGCGCGGCGAGGCUGUCCGGGAAGUCGAGCUUCCUCUCGGCGAGCGUGUCCGCCGCGGGGUCUUCCGGCGGUGGCAGCGGCGGCUUGCAGAAGGACAGGCAGCAGCAGGGUCAACCGGAGGGCCUCAACAUCGACUCCGGCGUGUUCGCCGGCGGGCCGCCGGUGCCGGUGGCCGCCCAGAGGAUGCUGCGGCUCGUGGACACCUCCCAGGUGACCAUGGGGCCGCAGGACAGCCCCGGGUACUGGCUCGUCACCGGCGCAAGGCUCGACGUCGACAACGGGAGGAUCUCGCUGCACGUCAAGUUUUCCUUGCUUGCCCCGGCUUCCUGACGCGCAUCUAGAGAUUGUACAGUUUUCUGAUGCCCAAAACUAACCAACUGUAAGAACACUCAUCUUGUUUUGCCUUUUUGUUUUGCAACCAUUCUUUCAUGUUAGGUUCUGGUAAGAGCACUGUGAAUGUUGCUGCAAGGUAGCAAAUUAACAUUGCAAACGAGAUGUAUCAUUUUAUUUUUGUUAAUGGAAGUUCCAUGCAGUUCGGUGCAA